CUAAACAGUAUCACAAUGUCGAGUCUGUCAGGUUUUCUGUGUUUUCUUAGGCGUUCUUUGCUACGCUUGGAAUCUACAGUUUUGCAGAUUACAGGAUUUGACAGACAUUUGGGGCCGGCUCUGGCGGUCCAGGGCCCCGGUCUCCUUCCUGUCCCCCAGAGUGAAAAGGGACACAUCGAAGAACCCAGUUUCCUGGACAGCAUCUUCUGGAUGGCAGCCCCCAAGAAAAGACGCACGAUAGAAGUCAACCGCUGUCGAAGGCGAAACGUGAACAAACUCAUUCCAGUCAAGACGAACAUCGUUCCCUGCCCAGAGUGCGGACACCUGAGGCAGAAACAUGUUCUGUGCGGGUUCUGCUAUGAGAAGGUCCGGCGGGAGACGGCGCUGAUCCGGGGUCAGAUACGGGCCAUGGAGGGGGGGCCUCUGAAAACACCCGCCGUGGAGACAGUCGUCCUGUACGCAAAUGAGAUGCCCAAAGACGCUGACAAGGGAAAGAGGAUCGUGGAGACGGGCAGGAAACGUCCCUCCUGGUUCACGCUGUACUGACCAUGUCAAAUGAAGUGUUCUGUUAUCUUUUAUAUCACAGCUAAGUAAAUGUGUAUUCAGUCAGUACAACCGUGUGUGCAGUUGUCUAUUCUGUGUGAGGAAAACCUCACUGAAGACUUACCCUUACACUGUGAUCCCAGGCAGUAUCCCAGGAUCAGUGU